AGGAUAUUUAUUACAUUAUAAAGAAAUAUAAAGGAAUUCUGUGUGAUAAUCCCAUGUCACACAUACAUACACACACAUCAUUUUCCCUCUGACACAUGGGAAGGGAUAUCAUGUGCAAAUAAUGUUCAUGAGGAAUGAGUCCAUCACCAUUCCACCGUGAGAGACUGUUCUAAGGCACCUUCAGCUCCUAGCUGUGCACAGUUCUUGCAAGGUCGCUUGUUCCACGGCUGUGUGCUGAGAAUGUUUUUCCUUCGAGCCAAAAAUCUAACACAUUUGUGUUUUGUUGACACUGCAUACACAUACCUACCAUGUGAUAUGUUCAGAAAGCUUUACCAGCACAUUCUCAUUCUUCAUAAUAACCUGAGAAUUAACUGUAUGCCACAGUCCAUCACCUAUACUUUCAAAAUAAAUAAUCUCUGUAAAAACAUUUUUUCUAUAGCUUUGGCCCAAACCCUAGCCCCAACCAUUGUGAUCUUAUUGAUAGCCUUUAUUUCACUUACUGUAAAUAUUAACAUAUUUAACUGGAAAGAAUGUUGAUAUGCCUGACUACAGGGCUUAAAACUGAAAAAUUCUCAGCUUUAGUAUAUAUUUAUCCCAAAAAGUUUAAAAUAAAGCAACAAGGGUUUAUUUAAUUAUUCCUGCAGCCUGAAACAAGAGAUUAUUAAAGGUUUUUAUCACCUUAAAGUCUUUACGGUCAAUGCUAAGAUUCUAUGCUGCCAUGAGAUUCAUAUAGAUUAUCUCAUGUUCUCUGCAUAAAUCAUCCUAUUUAUUUACUCCUAGUCUCCAUCCAGAUCACUCUCUGAUAUCCUCAAGGUGAUCAGUGCCUCUUUCCAAAGACACCACAGACUGAUACCACACGGGAGGCAAAUCCCAGCAAGACAAGGCCCAACAGCCUAACCCUUGGGCUCACCAACUCAUGCAGGACUCAACUACCAUCUGGUUUCCUUCAGUAUCUUUCAGUCUUAGACACUGAACAAAAAGGAAAGACAGACUUACUCAAUGUUAAGGUAGAUCAUCAUAGAAUUUGAGAUUCACAGGAAUCAGAAAGUGAGAAAAAGGCAGAUGGUGUGGGCUUCCAGCUAAGCAGUUGAACAGAAUCCAAUCUGCCCUCUGAACCCUUGUCCAUGAAAAACAUUCUAAAGUCUUCUGCUUCCUAUCUGACCAACAAGCCACCACCCCUGCACUGAUCUCAUCCCUCUCUUCUCAUUCUGGACUCCCCUUGUCAUCUACACGUGCACCAUUCUUUGCCUCUCCGUCAGCUUGUCUCCCAUACUGCACAGGUGCAGAGGUCCACGGUUCUGUUCCUUCUACUGGACUCUGCCUUUUAUUCUACUUCAAUGUUAACAAAAUUUCUUUCACAAGGGAACAGAGUUGCCAACUACACUACACUAUAUAUCCUUUCCUUGUCAACCAAAAUGAAAGGAUGUGCUAAACCAGGUGCGAUGGUAUAUACCUGCAAUAGUAGCACUGAACACAGAAGACAAAAGUACAAGUAGGAGGCCAGCUUCAGUGACACAGUGACAUGCUGGUUCAGGGGAUGGAGAGAACGGCUCAGAGAGGACAAGGAUUCAAUUCCCAGCACCCUAUACAGUGACUCACAACUGUCUCUAAUUCCAGUCCAAGGAAUCCGAUGUCCUCCUCUGGACCCCACUGGCACCAGACAUACACAUGAUGCACAGAUACACAUGUAGACAAAACAUUAAAAAUUAGAGUCCUAAUGUUAAAGAUGGGGUGUUAAAUAGGCACAAACAAGAACUUGGUUUUAGUACUCUUAAGAAACCCAAGGUUUCUCACUCGAACUGUUGUGGCUUCUCUUGCAUCCUGCCCACUUCCUUCUCACUAAACCACAUGUAUUUCUCUCAUCACACACUGAAGUGAGCCUUGCAACAGCACCAGAAGGAGCUACUGUUCAAUAGUAAGAGCUGGAACCCUAGAUCUGUUAUUAACUAUUUACUGUAUUGUUGGCUAAUUAUUUUUUUCUGAACCUUUGCUUCACUAUAAAAAGAAACAGUAAUAUCUACUCCAGAAAAGAAGGUGGGCACAGUGGUACACAUCUGUAACCCCAGCAUUCAAGAAUCUGAGGGAGAAGGACGGCUCUGAGUUCUGGCCAGCUUGCAGCUACAUAAUGAGCUCAGAGCUAUUCUGGAUUACAGAGCGAGGCCUUCUCAAAAAAAAAAAAAAAAAAAAAAAAAAAAAAAAAAAAAAAAAAAAAAAAAAAAAAAAAAAAAAAAAAAAAACAAGCAAAACACCAAGAGAUUCCUAAAAGAAUCCUCUAAGAUAACACAUUCCGUACCUGAUACAGGCCCUAGCACAGAAGGGUUCAAAAAAAUACUUGACAUUAAUUUCUUUCCUGAAAACAGGACUCAGCCUACUGUCACUCUUUUGCUAAAAGACCUGGCACCUAUACAUUUGGUUUUUUUCUGAGGAGACAUGCUUGCCUACCCUGGAGUCAACUGUGCUCCUUUUGGAAAGUUUUCUAGAUAAUCCUCUCCCAUCACUGCAGUAACCUUCUGUGGAGUAUGUAUGACACCUCUCACUUUGGCUGGCCCAGAUGAUAGCCAGCUUUGCAAGACAGCAAUUUCCUCUAGGUCUGGUUGCAACAGGACACCCCUAGACAGAAGACCUCCAGGGGGCCUCAGAAAGGGGACUAUGAGACAGACAAGGGGUGGAGUGGGAAGAUGAAUACUAGAAAGUUCUAACAUGAUUUCUUUCAAAGACUUACUCUUCUCCAGCAAAAUACUAGGUGAGAUCUCUAGAACAAAGACAGAAAACAGAAGAGUAAUAACGAGAGUGUGAGAGGAAACGACUACACAUACUACAUACAAAUCGGCCUAGGACAGGAAAGGAGCAUGAAGAAAAUCUUCAUGUUUACCCGGGUAAUUCUGGCUUCCUGAAAAUUCUUGCCAGUUACUAAGGGAACAAAAUCUCAUUUGGAUCUUACUCUCCCCGUCGCUACUGCUCAGCCUCACACCCUCCUACACACACCUGCUUUCUGCUGCUUUUAUAACCCACUCAUUAAUAGCUGGUUUCAACCUAGGAGCUUUUAGAAGUCAGGAUUCCCAGGCAUACCCCUGAUAAGUUAAAUCAGAAUCUCUGAGAAUAGGAGAAAGAAUUCGGUAAUUUAUAGGUUAAGAAUCACUAGAGUCUUUACUGUUGUUAUUGUUGUUUAUGUUUGUUUUCAGUGUAAGUCUUGAUCUAUACUUCCAUAUCUUUCAGGACUCCAGUGCAACUUAAAGAAAUCUACAACUAACUAGAUGACAAUUAUUCUAGUAAAGCAGUAAAAGAGAAGUGGUCCUACCCUGUUUCCUUAAAGAACUACAGAUCAGGAGCCUGAGACAGAAAGAGUGUACUGCACUUUACUUCCCCAAAGCAAGAGAAUGACUCUGGGCUGAGACGGAAGACCAUGAGACCAUGAAACAAGACUGGAAGAUUAAAAAAAAAAAAAAAAAAAAGGAGUGAAAAGAGGAGAGAAGAAAGAAGAGAGCAUCUUCGUAUUAUUCAAAGAGCAGGGCAGGCACACAGGGAGAAAAAUGAAAUGGCAAAGGGUAAUAAAGAGGAAGAAAAGGAAGAAGAAAAUAAAUUGUAAAUAUUAUGACCUGCAGGCUGCAAGGAAGCAGUAGAGUUACUGUCCUCUGUAUCCAAGGCUCCAUUGCCUAGCAGAACCUCUAUGACCUCAUGCUGAAGUAGAUCACAGCCCAAGGUGGGGGGUGGGGGGCUUACCUCCCUGGGCAGCUUAGGGGUUCCUGCAGCAGCCACUACCUUGCCCAACCCCUCCUACUCUCUACCAUGUUGGUCAGUAACCCCCACCUGCUAACACUGGAUGAAGCAGAUGCCACUUGGACCCUCAUCAAGGAUAAGGUCAUCGAGGAACGUUUUGGGUCCAAUGUAGUGGCAGUACCUUUCCUGUCGGAUGCAGCCUGCUAUGAUCUACUGGGCGUUCUAGUGAAACAGUCCCGUCCAGCCCACACCCGCCUAAUUUUGCCAGGCCGGCAGGGUCGAAGGGCACUGAAAUCAGUAGGGCUGCUACCAAAUCUUCUAGAACAGGUAGGGUCUGAUGGUGUCUUUUCCCACUGCACUCGGGAAUACUCACCAAAUGGCCAAGCCGAGAUAGCCUAUGAAGAAAUGAGAAUGUUGGAUGGGCAGCCCUGCCGGAUCCGCCUACAUAUGGGAGGCCUGCGCAAGAAAGUUGCCUUCCUGCUGCUACCACCAGGGCAGGUGAGCCUACAGCAGAAUCUUCCUUGGCUCCGAAGCACCCACAGCAUCUACGUCAUCUACCAGGUCUUCUCCUGCACCUGGCUGCAGCUAGGGCUGUUACCGACAGCCCGUGAGCCCCAGCUGCUCCGGUUACAGCGGUCAUUACCUAUUGCUUUCUCCUGCCUCAAGUUUUCACUGCAGCCCAAGGGUGUGCUGGGACCACAGAAGUCUCUGACCAAAGACCCAUUGCCCCAAGGAGCCAUCUGGGUUAGACCUAGCCUUAGCAUCUUAUCAACUCUGGCCCCCACAUCAGUACCUGCUGAUACCCUUGAAGUUGCUGAUGUAUCUCCACCUGUCCCAGCUCCACCUACACCACCUCCCCAAGAAGGGCCAGAAAGCAGACCCACCAGAUUCUCCUAUAAGGGUCGAAACCCCUUCUGGAGGGGCCCCUAUAUGCUUUCAGCAGAGAACUGGCUCUUCAGCCCCCGCAACCCCCCACCAGGAGCCCAGGGUGGGGGCCCCGGGGACCCCGACCGGCACUCCAUGUCCCUGCCCCUGCUGCAGGGUCUGUCCUCGGAGUUCGACAGCGACGAAUGAAGUUGAGGCAAGAGAUGCAGGGGGCAAGGCCCCUAAGAUCUGACAUAGGGAUAUGGGUCCCCAAUAAACAUCAGCUGCUGCACCCCCAAACCACCCUGGGCCUGUGUGCUUCUUCCUUCUGGGAUCCAGAAAAUGAGUCUCCAUUUUCCCCUAAGCAUUAAGUCCUCUCACUUCUAA